AAUUUAUUUCUCUUCCUCUUUUCUCUUUCUUCUAGUCCCUUGUUCCAUUAUUGAAUUUUAGGUGAACAAUUUCAUCUUCUUUUACUCCUUGCUUUAACCUCACAGAACCCACUCUCCGCUCUGGUCUUUUGCCCUCAAUUUCCGUUUCUUCUUUUUUCCCUGUUCUGAUCUUUGAGGUUUCCGAGCUACAGUUUUGUUCUUUAAUGGCGGAUUUUGUCGGUCCACGAAUAUACAGCUGCUGUAAUUGUCGAAAUCAUGUUUCGCUUCAUGAUGAUAUAAUUUCCAAGGCUUUUCAGUUGCUUCUUUUUCUUUUUCUUUUUUUCUCUUAUUGAUUCUGAUUUUUUUCCUCAUGAUUAUUGAAUUAGAGAUUCAUUAUAGAAGAUAAUUUAUGUAUGAUGAACGAAAACCCUUUUUGUUGGUUUUCAAUCAUUAGUGGUUUUAGCUAGAAUUAAGUGUAAUUUUGGAUGUUUCAUGUGUACAAUUUACAAUUUAAUCAUCUCUAAUUUUAAUAUAUAUUGAAAUUAUACGAACCCAGUUUACUAAACUAAAUCUGGACACAGCAAGACUCGAAUAUGCAAUCUCAAGGUUUCGAGCUUCAUUUGCAGGGUUUGAUUGGGUUUAAUCUAGUUAUUCAAUUGUUUGUGUUGAUUUGUGUUUCUGAAAGUGAUGUGAUAAGGCCUAAAGGGUUUUAGGAAGGCUUCUUUCCCACAUUAUUUUUCUGUAAUCUUGUUCUUAGGGAAGAAAUGGCCGGGCAUUUCUGUUCUCCCAUGCAAUGAAUGUUGAUGUAGGGCCUAGAGAAGACAGACGCCUCUUGACUGGUCUCCACACUGUGGCUGACAUCCAUUGUGCCAACUGCCGUGCGGUGUUGGGCUGGAAAUAUGAACGAGCUUAUGAGGCGUCACAGAAGUACAAGGAAGGCAAGUUCAUACUUGAAAAAUCAAAGAUUGCUAAGGAAAACUGGUAGCCUCUGCAUCGUGUUAAAGGUCCUGUUCUAUUCCUUAAUAUGUUGAUGCCAUUUUAUGGAGUUAUUUGUGAAUCAUGUUAAUCUUGUAUAGAAAUGCCUCACCCCACCAUUUGGAAAUUCGCCAUUGUUUAUCCAACUACGGUCUUAAGAGGGUGUCUGAUGGAUUUGCUAAUUCAUGCGUUAAUUGUGGUAUAUUGUUCGAGUAAUGUUCAUGUUAUUCAUUGUUGGGUAUAUGUAUUCAGAAACUCAGAAUGUCAAAUUUCUGUGUUUACUGUUACUUUUGUACAUAUUCAUUGUGAGCUCAGCUAUUAGUAA